CAUCACAUGUCCCAGUAACUGCUGCUAAAGCUCUUAGUUUGUUAAAUCUUCUCGACUGGUAGAACUAAGUAAUUGGGGGGAGGGAAGCACAACGAUGGCAAUAAGGGGAGAACCGCUCAUUUGUGCAGUGUAAUGUGCGUCCCUUCUUUUUGGUCGAGAUUUCAAAUCGAAACUCCAUUGAGCAGCAUAUAUUUGGAUAAUAAAGCGCUGUUGCGGGGCUGAAUAGCUGAGAAUACACUGAAGAAGGACUGAAGGAGCAAGCAUUUUGAUAACUUGGAUGGAGGGCAAGCAGCACUCAGUCACUGUGGAUUAACUCGGUGUAGAGGCACAGCGGGGGAAGUGCGUUUAAGGUGCAGAGGAGCAAAGGUCUCCCUGCUGAGAGUUGAUCCGAGUUCCCCAUAGCAGCCACUUUUUCGCACUCGGCUGCAGAGACGUGCGAUCGGCUAUAUAGAGCAAGCCGGUGUUACUGCGGAGGAAAGCCUCUACUGUUGUGAGGUGUGUCGACGAGCGGCAGGAGAAUGGCAAGGGCUUUAGCGAGUCUGAGGGAAAACCAAACGCCCGUUUUUCAGCAAAGGAUUCUGUCGAACCGCGUUGGAAUUUGACUCUUUCUGUGUUGGUUUAUUUGGAUCUGUAUUUAAAACUCGGAAGAAAAGCACAAGUGGAUUGGAUUCUGAGGGGUACAAACCAAUGGCAUAUUACUCGGGCACUCUGAAUAGAUGGGCUGUGCGGAAUUGUGCGCUAUGAAAUCCAACGCACCUUGUAUCGAUAUAAUUUAGCCAAAAUCCAAUGGAGCAAAACAAAAAGGAACAUGGGAAAAUAUGAAAUGUGAGAAAAUUCGAUUCCCCUGACCCUCGGUGCUCAGAUCAGGACUGGCGUUCCUUCUUCAAGGUGUUUGAACCUGACUUACAAUGGAAAAACUGCUGGUCUGUCUGUUGGUUAUCGGAAUAGCAGUGAAGGCCCAGAUCUGUCCGAAGCGCUGUGUCUGUCAAAUACUAUCUCCCAACCUCGCAACCCUCUGUGCCAAAAAAGGGCUCCUCUUUGCCCCCCCGAACAUUGACAGGCACACUGUGGAGCUGCGGCUGGCCGACAACUUCAUCACCUGCAUCAAAAGGAAAGACUUUGCCAACAUGACCAGGCUGCAGGACCUUACCCUGUCCAGGAAUACCAUUAGCUUCAUCACGCCGCAUGCAUUCGCUGACCUGGAGAACCUCCGCGCCUUGCACCUGAACAGCAACCGUCUAACCCGGAUAGCCAAUGACACCUUCAGCGGCAUGUCCAAACUGCACCACCUCAUCCUCAACAACAACCAGCUGACGUUGAUCCACCUGGGGGCCUUCAAUGACCUGCUGGCCCUGGAGGAGCUGGACCUGUCCUACAACAACCUGGAGUCCAUCCCCUGGGAAGCUAUCCAGAGGAUGACCAGCCUUGCCACCCUCAGCCUUGACCACAACAUGAUCGACUACAUUCCUGAGGGGACCUUCUCUCUUCUCCAAAAGCUCAACCGCUUGGACGUGACCUCUAAUAAGUUACAGAAACUCCCUCCUGAUCCUCUGUUCCAGCGGGCCCAGGUUUUGGCCACAUCUGGGAUCAUGAACUCUCCCUCGUUCGCGCUGAGCUUUGGUGGGAACCCACUGCACUGCAACUGUGAGCUGCUGUGGUUGAGGCGCCUGAGCCGAGAGGAUGAUCUGGAGACAUGCGCCUCACCGCAGCAUCUCUCCGGACGCUACUUCUGGUCUAUACCUGAGGAGGAGUUCCUGUGUGAACCUCCUCUCAUCACCCGGCACUCCCAUGAGAUGCGGGUGCUGGAAGGCCAGAGGGUGGUCUUGAGGUGCAAGGCCCGGGGGGACCCUGAGCCUGCCAUACACUGGAUCUCCCCAGAGGGGAAGCUGGUGGCAAACUCCUCCCGAACGCUUGUGUACACCAACGGCACCCUGGAUAUUCUGAUCAGCACAGUGAAGGACACAGGAUCCUUCACCUGCAUCUCGUCCAACCCUGCAGGUGAGGCACAUCAGACUGUGGAGCUGCUGAUUAUCAAACUCCCACACAUCUCCAACAGCACCAACAACAUCCAGGAGCCUGACCCUGGCUCCUCUGACAUCUCCACAUCCACCAGGGCUGGGGCCAACGGCAGCAACCACACUGGAGACACCAAAACUAGCACAGAUAAACGGGUGGUCAUCGCCGAGGCCACGUCCUCCACUGCGCUGAUCAAGUUCAACUUCCAGAGGAAUAUACCUGGGAUCCGGAUGUUCCAGAUUCAGUACAAUGGCAGUUAUGACGACUCUCUCGUUUACAGAAUGAUUCCCCCCACAAGCCAAAACUUCCUAGUCAACAACCUGGCUGCUGGGACGUCGUACGACCUGUGUGUUCUGGCCAUCUACGACGACGGUAUCACCUCACUCACCGCCACCCGCGUGGUGGGCUGUGUCCAGUUCACCACCGAGUCUGAGUACCUGCGUUGUCACUUCAUGCAGUCCCAGUUCCUGGGAGGCACCAUGAUCAUCAUCAUCGGUGGCAUCAUAGUGGCCUCUGUCCUCGUCUUCAUCAUCAUCCUCAUGAUUCGCUACAAGGUCUGCAACACCACUAACUCGGGCAAAGGCACCCUUGUCACCAACGUCCACUCACAGACCAACGGGGCGCAGUCUCAGGGGUGCACUGUCACACCCUCUGUGUCCAAGCAGGCCAUGGGAGGGUCAGGCGGAGGGGGUGGAGGAUGUCUAAAGGCUGUUGGCCACGCAUCAGACACGCUAACGCACUCGUCCGAGACCUCUCUCCCAGACUGCUCUACUGCUACGUCCCAGGUGACCCAAAGCUGGAACACACCUGGAUCCUCAGGGUCUCUGAAGCCAAAGCGCAAGCCUGCACCAAAGCCCUACGCUGCUGCUGCCACCCCUGAGCCCAAUAUAGAGGCCCUCCCCAACGCUGAGACCCAGAAUACCAACCGCAACAACUCCACGGCCCUGGAGCAGCCGUGCGCCCCAGUAUUCCACUCCACCCUACCCUUUUCGAGUGUCAAGGACACCCCCAUAUUGAGACGUGCACACCCCAGACCCUCUUCCAAGUACCUGACCUUACCGGUGGAAGGGGUGAGGGCCAAACGUAGGUACUCUCUAAACGAGGACUCGUCCAAGCACCACUGCUAUGUUGGGACAACACAAUUUGGGAAUAUGUGGUCUAAGCGGAGUAUGUCCAUGAACGGGAUUGUACUUCAACAGGAAGAUAUAGACAGUGUGAAGGCGACCUUUUCCAGUUCAGAGUGGAUUCUAGAAAGCACUGUGUGACGUGUGUGACGUGUGUGUGUGUGUGUGUGUGUGUGUGUGUGUGUGUGUGUGUGUGUGUGUGUGUGUGUGUGUGUGUGUGUGUGUGUGUGUGUGUGUGUGUGUG